AUGCAUUAUCGAACAGGGUCUCGGAAUUCUUAUAAGCCCACCAGCAAUUGUGUUGUUACUGACCCACUGGCACACAUUGAAAGACUGGCAUCUGAUAAUGCUGUGGUGAUAUUCAGUAUGAGCACUUGUUGCAUGUGUCACGCCAUCAAAAGGCUCUUCUUCGGAAUGGGAGUGAACCCGACGGUGUAUGAACUGGAUCAAGAUCUCACAUUAGGAAAGGAAAUAGAGAAGGCUUUAAUGCUACAGAUGGGAGUGUCUUCCGACGUGCCAUUGCCGGUGGUGUUCAUUGGUGGGAAGCUGGUGGGGGCCAUGGACACAGUCCUGGCAUCUCACAUCAAUGGCACUCUUGUGCCAUUGCUAAAACAGGCUGGUGCUCUUUGGCUCUGA